GAGAGACAUUCAGCUGCAGCCUAUCGAGUGUGUUAGUAUUUGAAGCCGGCUUUUGAAGCGAAGCGCUGAGUUAAGAGAGAUCUACCAGUUCUAAAGCCACGAUAAAUCAUUAUGGAGAUGAUCAAAGCGCUUCUCGUGUGUUGCCUUGCAUUAAUGAUGACUGUAAUGAGAAGUUCUGCACAGACACCAGUAUCGUUUCUACCAGUACUGUUCGUUUCUCCAAGACCAGACCGUCCAUCCCCCGACUCUGCAAUCCUAUAUGGAGCGACAGUCUGCGAUGGAAAGCUUUACAACAAUAAAACACUUUUAGCCCGUGUUAACCUACCUCACGGAUGGAAUCCAGCACUUGGUUUGAUAGCAAAAUUAGAGGUUUGCAGCUCUUCCGACUGCUCUAAAGUCUAUUGUUCAAACUAUGCUUCCGGAAAAUUCACUGGUCGGCAUUACUGUAAUUUCACCUACACGGCUGACAUGGAAGAUGUCUUCCUGCGUGUCACCGCUGGACCGAGUCCAAAUCUCGACUGGACAGUGGCCGUGGAAUUUGUUGAUAAGAAAACAUGGGUCCCUCCUAAACGAUUAGUCAUGCCUGGUAGAAUCUACGAUUACCCAGAACCUAGAGCGAAGAAUAUCGGCAAUGGAAACAUAGUUAAUUUGAUGCAGCUUGUAAAGACGGCAUCAGAACAAACAGUGAAAACGAUGGAAUAUAGAGAGUUUUACUUUCGAUUUUGCCCUGACCGCGGAACAGGAAAUAGAUACGACAUCACGAUCGCAGUGACAGGUAUCGACUCCCAGUCUGCCAUGGCAACGUAUGUCUGCCUACCGAACGAGCUUCCCUGCACCGUUAUCAGCUCUACCCACUACGACCCACGUGGUACUGGCAUCAACACUAUCACCCUGACAACGGGUAGCAGCCUUCUGACCGAAAUCCAUGUUCUUGUGGUGGGUUGGGGAGACGGUGAACAGACAAACACGUUUACACUUGGGGCAACAGUGACCAAGCUCGGUCCUUAAACUGUCAUUUUUAUAGUUUGUCAUUAAUGUUAUAAGAAAAAAUACAUUUUAGUGUAAUAGGAUAGCAUGAAUAAUAAUCAUUUAAGCCCCCAUAAUUACUUUUUUUUAUUUAAAGCUUAUAUUACUUUUAAUUGUCCCAAUAAAACAACGUUUUACGUAGAAACCAA